AUGGCAGGAAAGGUAGAUCUGUCGGUAUGCGGACGAGUCUGCUUGCUGGGGGAGCACUCAGACUGGGCAGGAGGGUACAGGAGGACACACGCCAAGAUCUUGCCAGGGCGAUGUAUCGUUACAGGGACUGACCAGACGUUGGAGGCAACAGCAUGGGAGCACCCUAACAAGCUCAUCCUGACGACGACGAGGGACAACGGGGAGGUGGUGGGACCAUGGGAGUGUGACUUUCGGGACGAGGAGCUCUUGAGAGUAGCAAAGGGAGGAGGGUUCUGGAGCUAUGCUGCGGGUGUUGCAUAUCAGGUGAAGACCUACUACCCGGUGAACGGUCUCGUUGUGGAGAAUCACACAACGACGCUGCCGAUGAAGAAGGGUUUGUCCUCCUCUGCUGCCUACUGCGUGCUGAUAGCCAGGGCGUUCAGCAAAGUGUACGACCUGAGGAUGCCUCCGAGGGCUGAGAUGGAGAUGGCGUACUUGGGGGAGAUCCUGACCCCGUCUCGGUGCGGGAGGAUGGAUCAGUGUUGUGCCUUUGGCAGAGUGCCUACCCUGAUGUUCUUCGACGGGGACUUGCUGCAAACAGAGAAGAUAGACCCUCCCAAGGAGCCGAUCUUCCUUGUUAUCGUCGACCUCUGCGCUGCCAAGGACACGAUGGAGAUCCUUUCCUGCCUCAACAAGGCGUAUCCUGUUGCCUCGAAUGAGAUUGAGGAGGGGGUGCAGAAACUACUUGGGGAGGUGAACGAGAAGAUCGUGAAGGAGGCGGCAGAGGUUAUCUCGCAAGGGGACGCGAAGCGCCUGGGGGAGUUGAUGACGUAUGCUCAAGAGCAGUUUGAUAAGUUUGCUAUCCCAGCUUGUCCUUCCCAGCUCACCGCUCCGAAGCUGCACGCCACUUUGACCCAUCCGUCGAUCCAGCCGCUCGUUUGGGGGGGCAAGGGCGUUGGAUCGCAAGGUGACGGAUGUGCGCAGUUCGUGGCCAGGUCGGAGGAAGCCCAGGGAGAAGUAUGA